UUUUGUUAGACUUCGUGUGAAUUGUUUAGUUCAAAACAAAAGUACAGUAUGAUGUUCAAGAUAUUGAUGUGUUGUAUAUGAAGGAACAAAAUCCAAAUGAUAAAAUAAUGUGAGUUGAGAGGACUCAACGUAAAUCAGAAAGGAAAAUGGAUAAAUGAAGAUUUAUUUGACACAGAAACUAGGAUAAUUAGCUUUUAAUAUACUCAGUCUUUUCAAUAUGAAUUUAUGUCAGAUUUGUUAAUAGCGUAAAUUUUGGAAAACGAUAACUUAGUCAAACCACAACUGAAUAAAUCAAAGCUCUUCACGUGAGAAUGAAUAUCGCAAUUACUUAAGAUUUGUUAAAUUAUGAUUUUGCUGCUUUGAUGGAAAGGUCUUGUAUCAUGUUUAUUUGAAUGUUCAACUAGUUCUGAUGUAAAACUGACAAAAUGAAUGUCAAUUCUUGAGAAUACUGUAAACUUCCACCAGGCUAUGGAAAUAGCAACAUGAUUUACGAAUGUCCUAUUUCAAUUAUAAUUUGAUAGGGACAUUUGUGAACAAAGAAUUUAGUGACUUUUUAAAAUGAUAACUUUCGCGUUCAGUCAAUUUCGAUGCCAAAUUAAAUAUUGAAGCUCGGGAUGGAAACAUGUGCUUUGAUAUACCUUUAAUCUGAAGUACAUGUCACCUAUUUACCAAUUAUCACGCGUUGAAAAAUACCAAAGCUGGAAAAAACCGAUUUAAUCGUUUAUUGACGGGCUUGGCUCCAGAGUUAAUAAUACGAUUAUGGUUCAUUCAUCAGUGUUAAGAUAAUAAUCUCUGAAGUGUGGUAAGAUUAUAUAUAUACAUAAUCUGGUAUAUUUCCGGACCUUUUGAUUUAGUGUUUAGCAUUUUCUUUAGAAGUUAUAGUAAAUUUAUUUCUUCCAUUCAACUUUCGACUACGUUUAGACAAAUAUUCAGAUGUAAUUUGCAAUGUGGUCUAUCAAUAUGAAAAUAUAGACGUUAAUUCUUUGAGAACUAUUUUUAAAAAGUUUGAAUAAUUUAUCAAACGCGAAAUUUACUGACAGCUUUUAAUAAUUAUAAUGGUGGCCAGCAUUGGCAUUCAUUCAUUACGAACACUAGGAUCCAGGGACAUCGAGAUAACGUCUUAAAUAAAGCGAAACAAACAUCGCGGGUUUCACUGUUAACCACCAUUCCGAUUUUAAUUGAAAUUUGUGACUAAAUGGUAAUGUAGAGGCAAUCCAUAUAGUUUGUACAUUAACCAAAGACAGCGGUUAAUUACAACACGUAACAUCAACAACCGAACGACUCAAACACCUACAAAUCCGAUUUCAACAAAUGAAAAAUUUCCAUCGAGUAGUCUUAAAUAGGGAGUAUUUGAGUGAAUCAUUGUUUUCAUUCACAGUUAUAAAUCCAUAAUCACUAUAUUACAAUGGCCAAAAUAAAUUAUAUGUAUGAACUUUUAUAACUCCGUCCGUAGCUCUUCUAGAGUUACUGCCGGUCCCAAGCCCGGGUAAAGGAGGGGGGUUGGGCAUGGGGUUAGCGACCCCAUCUCAUAGAAAACUAACCCGCUAAAAAACGCUAACCAAAGAUAAUUCAAACCAUUUAAACUCUACCCUGGGAGUUAGGUCUUCAUUUAGAAGAAAUAUGACGCCUCAUAGUGAAAGCCGAGUUCCUUCAGAAGCCACGAGGCCGAUGCCCCUUCUAACAACCAGAGAAACAAUUUUUAUAGGUACAUGGAAUGUCCGGACAAUGUGGGAGGCCAGGAAGACCAGUCAAAUAACAAUGGAAAUGAGGAGAUACAACUUAGCAGUACUGGGAAUCAGCGAAACCCAUUGGACCCAAGCUGGACAACAAAGGCUAAAUACGGGAGAGAUGCUACUUUACUCCGGAAAAUGCUCCACACACUCAGAGAGUUGCUCUAAUGCUGUCCACAGUAGCACGAAAUGCACUUGUAGGAUGGGAACCUAACGGAUCAUCAAAGCAUCAUUCAAAACAAAGAAGGAGGGGAUCACAAUGAAUAUUAUCCAAUGUUAUGCACCCGCCAAUGAUAGUAACGACGACAUUAAAGAUCAAUUCUAUGAGAGGCUGCAAUCAAUCAUAGAGAAGUGCCCAAGAAAAGAACUCACCAUUCAUACGGGAGAUCUAAAUGCCAAAGUCGGGAUAGAAAACACCGGAUAUGAAGAUAUAAAAAGACGACAUGGACUGGGAGAGAGAAACGAAAAUGGGGAAAUAUUUGCAAAUCUAUGUUCAUUCAAUAAACUAGCCAUAGGCGGCACAAUAUUUCUACACAAACGCAUACACAAAGCUACAUGGAUCUCACCGGACCACACUACAGAGAACCAGAUAGAUCAUAUUUGCAUCAAUAAAAAAUUCCGAGGGACAAUGGAAAAUGUGAGAACUAGGAGGGGUGCUGACACAGCUUCAGAUCACCACCUAGUUGUGGCCAAUUUAAAACUGAAGCUAAAGAAAAACUGGACAACUGGACAAACAGCACUACAAAGGUUCAAUACAGCCUUCCUUCGAGAUACUGACAAACUCAAUGAAUUCAAGAUAGCUCUCAACAACAGAUUCCAAGCCUUUCAAGAUCUACUGAAGGAAGAAGAAACUACCAUGGAGGACAACUGGAAAGGCAUCAAAGAAACAUUGACUUCAACGUGUCAAGAGGUUCUGGGCCUAAAGAAACACCAGCAUAAGGAAUGGAUCUCUAUAGAAACACUGGACAAGAUCAAAGAAAGGAAGAACGAGAAGACAGCAAUUAACAACAGCCGAACACGGGCAGAGGAAGUCCAAGCACAAGCUGAAUACAUAGAAGCAAACAAGCAAGUGAAGAGGAGCAUUAGAGCCAACAGGAAGAAAUACGUGGAAGAAUUAGCAACGACGGCAGAAAAAGCU